CGCAACGAGCAACAAUGCAUGCAACUAUGAGGCAACAAUUGGCAAUCCUUCUGCUCGCCAGUCUGGCAUUUGAGCUAAGUUCGGCUUGGCUCUUUAAGCUGCCCAAGCUGGAGGAUCUGGUGGAGAAACUCGAUGAGAAGAAGCAGAAAGAGCAAUUGAAAAAGCUCGAUUUUCUCAAUUGGUUUGCCGACAAAGAGGAGAAGAAGGUGGAAGAAUGGGAGAAAUUAAAGCAAUGGUUUGAAGAUAAAAAGCUCAAAGAGCUCGAAUUCUUCGAGAGCAAAAAGGAGAAACUCGACGAUGAGAUCGAAGGUAAACUGCUGAAGAAGAAGAACAAGAUAGGAAAGAAGCAAAAGACACGAACCACAACCGAUUGCUAUGAAGCGACCACAGAGAGCACAGGAUACGAGGAGAAAUCGUAUCAGUCAGCGGAACAGCAGGAGGAUGAGGAGGACCAGGACGAACAGGUGGCGGUGACGAAGCAAGAGAAUUGCGGAUGCAAAAAGAGCAAGAGCUAUGGGAACAGUGUGCCCACCGCGUACGAUGUGCGUGAGGAUUACGAGGAUGGCAUUCGUUAUUUCACAUAA